AUGUCUCCAAACCAUGACAUUCUGGAGAAGACUAUUCUCCACAAUCGCAAGCUAAAUCGGUGGGCUGAUGUUCUGGCUAGCGAGCAACAUCGCAUUACCACUGCGGCGGUGGAGGCUAGUGCCAGCUUUCAAGUUGACAAGACUGCCCGAAUUGUCACUGCUCCUGUAAACAGGCUCCCGAAUGAAAUCCUGACAGAAGUAAUGGUCAUCGCCAGGGAUUUAGACACGACCUCGCCUAUGAAAUGGAUUGCGCUCACUCAUGUCUGCCGUCACUGGCGCGAAAUGGCGCUCGCGACCCCCAUGUUAUGGUCCACGAUUCACGCGAGGGUCAGUCUCCCGUACCUCUGCGCUAGCCUAGAGCGUGCCGCGGAUGCGCUAGUAUCCCUUUCUAUUUACGAUACCCGACCCGCAGUGACAAAGGUUAUUCAAGCAAACGCCGUGCGGAUCGUUAGCCUUACCACCUAUACUUACUGUCUCCAACUCUUGGCCAUCUUCAUGCCCAGGUUACAGAAACUCGAACUCCACGGGAAUGGCCAUCCAUAUAUUUUGCUUCAUUCGAGAAACGAACACCUCCCACAGCUUCGUACACUUCUUCUGGAUUCAUUGUCGUUGCCCCUUUCAAGCCCAUGGUUGAAGAAGCUGACACGGCUUGAGUUGUCCCGUCACCCACAUUAUCUUAUUGAAACCAAUUUCACUGAGUUUCUCAAUGCCCUCAAUUCAUGCGUCGACUUGGAGAUUUUAAAGAUUGACCAACGAAGUGGUGAUCACCCAGGGUUCACGGACGAUCUCCCCUCUUCAAACGUUGCCUUUCUUCCAAAGUUACGCAUUCUUGGCCUCAUAGGCAAGAUUGACGAUCUCAAUAUCCUACUCCGCCAUCUCGUCUUUCCGCCCACCAUAUACAUUCAGCUUGAAGGGGCAGCAAAUUAUUACUGGGACGAAGAGGCAGGGCCGACAGUCGCGGUCGUGCUUCCGCCCACUCCAACGCUGUCUUCGCUAUUGAAGACUGCAUCUACCCUUGAGUUGACUGCGUCCAGCAACUUAGAAUUGCAAGCUUGGCGCCAUGAGGAGACGGAGCCUAUGUGCAGCACGAGAAUCGAAAUGGCCGAAUGGGGCCCAAGUGGCUCCACAUUAUUCCAGACUUCCCUCUUCGAAGUUGUUCACCUCUUUUCGGAUGCACAGGUAAAGUGCCUGGCUCUCGCCGGUCCCCAGGCUCUGCUCCAUAUCGAUGCCUGGACUCAAAUAUUCUCUACGUUUCCCACGCUUACGCGGCUGGAGCUUCACGGCAAUGGGUGUAUUGGUGAUUUCAUUCAAAUAUUUGGUGCACGCGCAGGAGAAUCCUUGGUAUGCCCAGGACUGGUGUCACUCAAGUUGGGGUACCUUUUGACAUAUGAAGCAUCGGACCUGGCGCGUGCGCUCGCGUCUCGUAUCGAGAGGGGGAGGAAACUUUACUGCCUACAAAUUGUCCAAGGCGCAAUCUGCGGUGCUGCAACAUUAAUCCUACCCACCCUCGCAGAAGUGGUUGAUGCAGUAGAAAUUGUUCACACAUGA